AUCUACAUUGAUUUAGUGGAUAUAUUGUUUAAAAAAUAUAUAUUUCUGCUGAUUCAUUAGGAUUUUGCUUUAUAUUUGAUAAAUUAAAACUCUGUUCUUGCCAUGCGCACACACACACACACAGACACACACAUACACUAAAUAUGUCUACCUCCUUUUUUACCUCUCCAUUUUCCCUCUCUCUCUCUCUCUCUCUCUCUCUCUCUCUCUCUCUUUCUCUCUUUGCUCUCUCUCUCUCUCCUGAGUGUGAAGCACUCUCCCUCUCCAGAAUGAGUGUGUGUGCCGACGGCCCCUCAUACCUGCGGCAGUGGCUGCUGACUGCUGUGUUUAUCUUGGCCGCUCUGCUACCAGGAACCAGUGGCUGCCCCAAAUCGUGCGCGUGCUACGUUCCCACCGAAGUGCACUGUACCUUUAGAUAUCUGACCGCAAUACCAGGCCAGAUCCAGACGGCUGUGGAAAGAAUUAACCUAGGGUAUAACAGUAUAACCUCACUGAGGGAGAAUGAUCUGUCUGGGCUGAAACACCUGGAGCUGCUGAUGCUCCACAGCAACACCAUCCACAGCAUCGCUGACAGGGCCUUUCAAGACCUCAAGUCCUUACAGGUCCUGAAGAUGAGCUACAACAGAGUGAAGGAGAUCAACAAGGACAUCUUCCAAGGCCUGGAGGGACUGAUACGACUCCACAUGGACCACAACCGCAUCGAGUUCAUCAACCCGGAGGCGUUCUACGGUCUUACCAUGUUACAGCUGGUCCACCUGGAGGGCAACCUGCUCCAGCAGCUCCACCCGGAUACCUUCAUCACGCUGAGGCACAGCCAAGUGUUCAAGGUGUCCUCCGUUAGGAACAUCCACCUGUCUGACAACUUCCUCGCCAGCUUACCCAAAGACGUCUUCACUGGCUGCUCUCAGUUGGAGAAUGUCUAUCUCCACGGCAACCCCUGGUCCUGCGACUGUCGCAUGGCUUGGUUCCCAGAGUGGGCGGAGAGAAAUUCAGCUGUGCUGAAAUGCAAGCGAGACAGGAAUUAUGCCAGAGGUCAGGCCUGCCCCGUCUGUGAGACCCCCGCUCCCUCUACAGGCAAGAGCCUAACCCAGCUUCCACGUGAUGCCUUCACCUGUACCAAACCCUGGAUCCACCCCCAUCUGAAGCAGAGGAACGUCAGCCUGGACGAGGGGGAUUACACCCCUGUCUCCCCCCAUGACUUCAUAGCCCCCAUUGGAUCUCUGCAGAUGAAUCUAACAGCUCAGUUCCACAAUGACGCUAGCCUUACCUGCACAGUCCAGAGACCAUCAGCCAUGGAGAACCUGACUCUAACCCAGGUGGAGGAGGGGGAGAAGAACGUGACCAUGUUCUCCACCACCAUCUCUACAUGGCUGGUUUGUAAUAUUGACUAUGAGCACAUCCAACAGCUCUGGCGCAUCCUGGCUACAUACAGUGACGUUCCCAUGAGGUUAGAGAGAGGGUUGAUGCUCUCCAGGACCCCAGACAUGAUCUACAAGUACAGCCAGAUCAGACCAAAGGAGGGACAUGAUGAAAUCCACACAGACAUUGAGGCUGAGAUUAAGGCUUCACCUGCAUGGUUGAUGCAGGGAGAGGUCAACUUUCAGCUGGACCGUACCACAACCACAUUCUCCACCUUGCACAUUAAGUACAGGUCAGUGGUCAACCUGCGAGUGGAGAACAAGGUGUCGCAGACGAGGGACCGUUACAGCUGGACCAUCAUCAAACGAGACAACCAGACCCAGACUGAGCACUCUGUCCUCAUAGGUGGGGUGGUGGAGCUCAACUGCAAGACGUUUGGGGAACCAAAACCCUCUGUACAGUGGAUCUUAUCGGACGGCAGUAAGGUGCGGGCACCCUACUCCAGCGAAGACCGCAGGAUAGUGAUCACCGCUGAUGGCAGGCUGACCUUGAGAGGAACAGACACCUCAGACACUGGGCUUUAUCGCUGCAUCGCCACUAACUACCUGGACGCAGACGUGCUCAGCUUCCGGGUCACCGUACUGUCUCCCGAUGUGGAGGAGGUAGAGGUCAACGGGGUCAAGCUCUCACGGCCACUGGGCCAGAGCCUGGUUCUAGACUGUGGGUCUGCAGGCAACCCUGAGGCCUCGGUCCAGUGGAUUCUACCUGACCACACAGUGCUGGAUAAAUCCUAUGGGAACAGGAAGCUCUAUAGGAACGGGACUCUAGGAAUAAAAGAUCUGACCUCCAGAGACCGGGGGUUUUACAGGUGUCUCAGUGCUAACUACCUGGGGGUGGACCUGUUGACGUCCCAAGUGACUGUCACUGGGGAGGGGUCCAGAAAGGUGACAGUGGUGGAUAGAGAGGGGUCAGGGGUGGAGGCUGGGGUUGAGGUUGAUGGGGCCAUAGAGGAGAGGGAGGAUUCCCACAGUGAGGUACCUUCCUCCAGCCCCUCUGACAGAACCAUCCAGGAGUCCAGGACCAUCACAUUAGACAGGCCCUACCCCAGACUCAGGUCUUCCUCUCAGGGCAGAGGAUCAGGGGGCUCUUGGGGGAGAAGGAGGAGCCCAGCCAGCAGCAGGCGCAUAUGGAGCAACAGGAGGGUCUUUGAUCAAGCCUCCAGGAAAGUAGACCUCCAGAGAUUUGCAGAGUUCAUGAAGAAGGCCCAAGGUGGUUCAACAACAAAGACAAAGAGUGCGAAAGAAAAAGGAGAUUCAGAGCCUGACAUGUCUGGGGACGGUGAUGCUGGAUCUGGGGAGGGUCUGUCUCAUGAAGACGGACUCAUUGUUUUACCAACCAGCGUCAUGCCAACCACAGAGACUCCAGAUGAAAGUAUGAUGAGUGUAACUGCAAGCAUAGAGAAUUUAAACAAUCAGAGUAAUGUCAUGGCAACCACCGACAACAGUGAAACCAGUGUCAUGACAACCAUGGAGAUCCCAGAUGACAGUCGGACUAGUUUCACUGUAACAACAGAAAAUACUGACAGAGUGACAACAGUAAUGACAGAUUCAUACACCCGGUCAGACGCCACACCCAUCGAGUCCACAUUCACCCACAGCAGCCACAGCACGGGGAGUAUCAAUGAAACUCAGGGUGAGGCCGUCUUUCAAUACAGCCCCAGAAUUAAUGGGUCUAGUGGUGAGUCGUCCCCUUUGGAGAGGAACAUGACAGUACCUCUGAGACAACCCGUCACGCUCCUCCUCGCUGUUACCAACACCACAGAUGAGACCCUGAUCCAGUUCUCCAGAGAAACACCUGCAGAACCAGAUACCUCCACCGGGGCGGCGCUAUCGCGCCUCACCAACCCCAAUGUCACCCCCAUGAUGGACAGUCCCAGAUCACCCCACAGAGAGCCUGAGAUCCACACAGCCACUGACCCAGACAGCCAGACCACCUUCACUGCAGUCACCACCACAGAGAGAGAGCAGGAUGAGAUCACCUUCCACACCACCCAGAGGAUCAAGUCCCCCCGUCUGCCUGCAGGCUCCACCAUCAUCUCCCGCCAGCAGAUCCACAUCAUCCCUCCUAUGAAGGGCAGAGGAGGAGGAGGAGGAGGAGGAAGAGGAGGGGGCCGGAGGAGGAACUUCCCUGGCAGGAGGAGGUUCAUCAAGCCCAACCGGAUCACAGACAUCCAGUCCAUCCUGAACAAACUCAAACAGCCCAACAUUGUGAAGAAGCAAGGCAACAGCACAGUUCCCUACACUAUGGAUCUGACCACAGAUUGUGACUGUGAUGAAGAUGAGAAGAAGACAGGUGGUCAGCGGGUAGUCACACCAACAACAUCAUCUAAAACGCCCAACGUCCCUAGCUCCUCUCUAGGAAGAACAGAGAGACCCACCACCACCCAGCCCACUUCCACUCACUCUCAGUCCAGAGGUGAGGUGUCCAGCAGCUACAUGACCUCCACUAAUGCCCCAGAGUCUGACCCAACACACGACCCUAUGACGAGCACAACAGAUGAACCAACAACCUCCACCAUCACAACCACAACUGCCUCCAAGAUCGUCCGUGGUAAGAUCAUCCGGGGCAAGCUGUUUGGGAACAGGGACAGGCAGAGGGAAAUAGUCAACAGACUACGUAAACCAGCCAGGCCCUCUACCACCACAGAGGAAUCAACAACAGUCCAACCAACCACCACCACAACUACAACCACAACCGCACUGCCCACCCAGCAGUCUCUGGCUGAACCUGUGACCGAGUCACCGUCUAGAGCAGGUAAACACCCGGAGACCCCAGAGAGCUCAUCAGACAAUGACUAUGGAGAUUCAUCGCCUGACUCUGAGGCCUUGACCACACUCCAGCCUGGCACUAGCCGUGGAACUACAACCCCAGCCUAUGACUACAGGUCCUCCCUCACCACAGAGUCUUCCCCAGACACCCAGACCAUCGCCUCCCCACCUGCCCCAAGAGAAGACACAGAUGAGGCCUCAUCCUCUGUGUCUGAAUCUGGAGGGUCAGCGGGGUACCUAUCCCGUAGAUUUGGGGGAAACCGGAGACCAAAUGGAGGGUCAGGGGGGUACCUAUCCCGUAGAUUUGGGGGAAACCGGAGACCAAAUGGAGGGUCAGGGGGGUACCUAUCCCGUAGAUUUGGGGGAAACCGGAGACCAAAUGGAGGGUUAGGGAGCAGGAGGCCUUUCAGGGGCAGGAGUCCUUUAAAAAAAAACAUAACAACCACGGAAGCCCCCAGCACCACCAUAGAAUCAACAGAGCCUUCAACCACCAUGGAGACCACCAUGGAGACCACCAUGGAGACAACCACAUAUCCCAUAGAAACCACCAUGGAGACCACCAUAUAUCCCAUAGAAACCACCAUGGAGACCACCAUGGAGACCACCACAUAUCCCAUAGAAACCACCAUGGAGACCACCACAUAUCCCAUAGAAACCACCAUGGAGACCACCAUGGAGACCACCACAUAUCCCAUAGAAACCACCAUGGAGACCACCAUAUAUCCCAUAGAAACCACCAUGGAGACCACCAUGGAGACCACCACAUAUCCCAUAGAAACCACCAUGGAGACCACCACAUAUCCCAUAGAAACCACCAUGGAGACCACCAUGGAGACCACCACAUAUCCCAUAGAAACCACCAUGGAGACCACCAUAUAUCCCAUAGAAACCACCAUGGAGACCACCAUGGAGACCACCACAUAUCCCAUAGAAACCACCAUGGAGACCACCACAUAUCCCAUAGAAACCACCAUGGAGACCACCACAUAUCCCAUAGAAACCACCAUGGAGACCACCAUGGAGACCACCACAUAUCCCAUAGAAACCACCAUGGAGACCACCAUGGAGACCACCACAUAUCCCAUAGAAACCACCAUGGAGACCACCAUGGAGACCACCACAUAUCCCAUAGAAACCACCAUGGAAACCACCAUGGAGACCACCACAUAUCCCAUAGAAACCACCAUGGAAACCACCAUGGAGACCACCACAUAUCCCAUAGAAACCACCAUGGAGACCACCAUGGAGACCACCACAUAUCCCAUAGAAACCACCAUGGAGACCACCAUGGAGACCACCACAUAUCCCAUAGAAACCACCAUGGAAACCACCAUGGAGACCACCACAUAUCCCAUAGAAACCACCAUGGAAACCACCGUGGAGACCACCACAUAUCCCAUAGAAACCACCAUGGAAACCACCAUGGAGACCACCACAUAUCCCACACGUACCGUCUCCAUCUCCAAGCCCCUGUACACGCCGUCCAGAGAAUCAGAUAGGUCUGCAGUGACUGUGUCCACCGACAUGACCUCUAAGGGGAAAACCACCACAGACUCAGACUCAUACGAUAAUGAGAACUGGACAGAUGAGAUGAAGUCCUCCACUAACCGUCCACGAGUCUAUACUUCCACCACCAGGCCCAGAAUGACCUCUACCACAACUUAUCCAACCACCACCUCAAGGCCUUACACUAAAUCAUCAACCCGCGUCCAGACUAACACCGACCCCAUCAGAGUGAACACUAACAUCAGGCUCCCGUCAGGGAGAGACAGCCGUUACCAAAUCACACAGAGACCCAUGAUCAGGAGAACCAGGCCCAAGGUGUCCAGUAACAGGGCCAGCAGAGGCCCAGACAAGACCCUGACCUUUGACACACUGACUAUUCUGGAAGCAGAGCAGGGGCACGCCAAAGCCCCCUACAGCAGCAAGGACAUAGACGAUGCCAUCUCCAACGCCUAUACCCACGUCACCGGCUAUGAUACGACAACGGCUAACAUUGUGGGCUUUGAGCGGUCCACCAAGGACAUGCUCACCAAGCCCAGGAUCGUGGGAGGCAACGCUGCCAGCUUCACUGUCCUGUCCAACUCAGACGCCUUCCUGCCCUGUGAGGCUGCGGGCAGCCCUGAACCCACCAUCAGCUGGAAACGCUUCUCUUCAAGUACGGGAAGCACAAUGACCAUCAACAGCAAGAUGGGCAAGUUUGAGGUGUUCCCGAACGGCACUCUAUCCAUCCAGAAUGCAAACAUCAAAGACCGUGGUCAGUACCUCUGCCUGGCAGAGAACGAGCAGGGUUCGGACAAGCUCCUGGUCACCCUGUCCGUGGUGGCCUACCCCUCACGCAUCCUGGAGCCCAAGGUACGGGAGAUCAAGUCCCACUCAGGGAAGACAGUGGAGAUGAAGUGCAAGGCAGAGGGUCGCCCCACCCCUCUGGUCUCCUGGAUCCUGGCCAACCUCACCCAAAUCAGGGGCCAUAACUCGGGCCCCAGAGUGUCAGUGACCCCAGAGGGCACUCUGCUCAUCAAGCAGGUGUCUGUGUAUGACCGAGGCCACUACAAGUGCAUCGCCAGUAACCCAGCAGGAGCCGACACUGCCACUGUCAGACUGCAGGUGGUGGCAGCACCCCCUGGCAUCCUGGAGGCCAAACGACAGCAGGUCCAGGCCGGUGUGGGUCAGAGCCUGUGGUUACCCUGUACCGCUCAGGGCAGCCCCCAGCCCACCGUGUACUGGGUCCUCUAUGAUGGAACGGCGGUGCGGCCCCUGAAGCCCUCUGUGGACCCCAGGGUGUCUGUGUUCGCUAACGGGACGCUCCACCUGACCGAUACGGCCGGCACGGACAGUGGGAAGUACGAGUGCAUCGUCACCAGCUCUACAGGGUCGGAGCGCAGGGUGGUGACGCUGACGGUGGAGAAGAAGGAGAUGGCUCCUGAGAUCGUGGAGGCAUCACACCGCAGGACAGAGCUGGCGUAUGGGGACCAGCUGAGGCUGAACUGCUCAGCCACCGGGGACCCCAAACCCAGGAUCAUCUGGAGACUACCGUCCAAGGCUGUGGUGGACCAGUGGCACAGGAUGGGAAACCGGAUCCAGGUCCUGGACAACGGCACCCUGGUCAUGGACUCUGUGAGUGACAAGGAUGCUGGGGACUACCUGUGUGUGGCGCGCAGCAAGGUGGGAGACGACCUCCAGCUCAUGAAGGUCACUGUGUCCAUGAAGCCAGCCAAGAUCGAGCCCAAGAUGUACGGCAAGAAGCGGGUCCCCUACGGCAAUGACCUGAAGGUCGACUGUAAGGCAUCUGGAACCCCGGAGCCAGAGAUAUCCUGGGGCCUGCCGGACGGCACCAUGGUCAACAGCGCCCUACAGUCAGACAGCAGCAGUGGAGGGGGACGCGCACGGCGAUACAUCCUGUUUGAAAAUGGCACGCUCUAUCUUAAUCAGGUGGGCAUGGCGGAGGAGGGAGACUACACGUGCUAUGCCGAGAACCAGCUGGGCAAGGACGAGAUGCACGUCCACAUCACCGUGGUGACGGCAGCGCCAUGGAUACGUACGCCCAGCCGGACCUACGCCCAGGUGAAGCCUGGAGGCAAAAUUCGCUUUGACUGCGAAGCCACGGGCGAGCCCAAGCCCAAAAUCCUGUGGAUGCUCCCUACUAACGACAUGAUCGCAGCCUCCAACGAGCGCUAUCUGAUGCACAUCAACGGCUCCCUGGACAUCCAGGACGUUAAGCUGGUGGAUGCAGGGCAGUACGUGUGCAUGGCUCACAACACCGCCGGGGAUGACAGCAAAGUUUACAAGAUGGAUAUCGAUGGCAACCCUCCGGUGAUCAACGGCAACUCCCAGAACAGGAUCGUGGUGAAAGACACGGCCACCAAAUACUCCAGGAAGUUCAUAGACUGCAAGGCCACUGGAGACCCGCUUCCCAAGAUCACCUGGAUCAUGCCGGAUAACAUCUUCCUGAACGCUCCGUACUUCGGCAGCAGGAUUAACGUCCAUCACAAUGGAACGCUUGAGUUUCGGAACGUCCGUCCGACGGACAUGGCGGAGUUCAUCUGCAUGGCGAGGAAUGACGGAGGAGAGGCAGUGAUGGUGGUGCAGCUGGAGGUCACAGACAUGCUCCUAAGGCCUAUCUUUAAGAACCCCUUCAACGAGAGAGUAAUGACCCGUAUGGGGAAGACCACGGUCCUGAACUGUUCUGCAGAUGGUCACCCAACACCAGAAAUCAUCUGGCUGCUACCCAACGGAACCCGCUUCACGGGGGGCCCCAACCGGGGCUCACGCCAACACCUAGGUGACGACGGAACCUUCGUCAUCUACAACCCCAGCAAGGAGGACGCUGGGAAGUACCGCUGUGCCGCUAAGAACUCGGUGGGCUACAUUGAGAAGCUGAUAGUUCUGGAGGUGGGCCAGAAGCCUUUAAUCCUCACCAGGCCCAGAGGGAUCAUACGCAGUGUGUCUGGUGACCCUCUGUUCCUUCACUGCCUGGCUGAUGGUAGCCCCAGACCCAGGAUCUACUGGACCAUCCCUGGAGGCCACACCCUAGCCAGGCCGCAGGUCCAUGGACGCCACCAGUUGAUGGAGAAUGGGACCCUGGUGGUCAAGGACACCACCCUCCACGACCGGGGAAACUAUGUGUGUCGGGCGCGGAAUGACGCUGGCGAGGCGAUUCUCACAGUGCCAGUCAUCAUCAUCGCCUACCCUCCCCGCAUCUCCACGGGACCUCCUUCCACCGUGACAGCGAUGGCGGCGGCACCCAUACAGCUCAACUGUGCUGCCAUCGGGAUCCCAAAGCCAGAGAUUACCUGGGAGCUGCCAGACCGCUCUGUGCUCUCCACGGCGGGGAAAGGGCGGCCCACGGGCAGCGAGCUGCUCCACCCUCAGGGCACGCUGAUCAUCCAGAGACCCACUACAGCAGAUUCUGGCACCUACAAGUGCCUGGCCAAAAACCACCUGGGCACAGACUCACGGGUCACAUAUGUACGUGUGCUGUGAGGACCAGCGCUGACUAAAGGGGAAUAUAAAACCCCUGGACUAUAAACUCUAAACAGACACAGUAACUUCACAGUGCUUCUUAUGAUGUACAAUGUCAGGAAAGACUAUUUUCCACAUGUGGACUUGUGAGGAGUGGGGUUUGUGAAAUAGUUUGAUCACGGUACAGCUCACAUCAAUCAAACAAGUAGCAGAACAGGAUUAUUAAGAGAAGGAGGAGUGAACGGAGGAGGGGACGGAGGAGGGAACAGAGGAGGGAGCGAGGAAAAAAGAGAAGCUGUACAGAGGAGGGUCUGUUCUUUGCCAGGAAAGUCGUGACUAGCGAGGUGUUAUUCUUAUUAUAACAGAGUCAGAGGUCUGGAAACCCACGGCUGGUUCUCAUUUGAGGUGUUUUUAAAAAGGGGCUAGAGGGUGGGUCUUACAGUGAGGCUACUUGUUGAGUGUUUUGACCAGACAUUUUACUAUUACAGCCUGUGGGGUGAGAGGAAGAGAGAAACUCACUAUAUUCCCUCUGGACACUUCCUCAAUGUUUUAUUUUUUGGGGUGUUGGUAAUGACUGAUUUGCUGCAAUGACAGAAACAUUCUAUUAUCAGAAUGUUUCUAACUAUUUUGCUUUCAAGACAUUUCAUAUUUCUUGUGAACAAAUCUUUGUAAACAGGCAGUAUAUUUUAAUGAAAUCUGCCAAAUAUACAUUUUUAAUAAACAUUUUACACUGGAUUGUCAUACAGUUUUUCUAAACAAAUUUCUCACAUUUCUAACUGUUUAUAUUUUUUUAUUAACAUUGUUAGUUUGUCAUGUUGUUGUCUACCUUCCCCUCUCGGGGUUUGACAGUGCUUGUAUCAAUACAAAUGCAGGAGUUUGAUUGGUGUUAAUAGCGACUUUUAGGAGGUGAAAUUAUCACUUACACAGUAUUCAGUGGCAUCGUAUGAACUGUCACUAAAAGUAAAUGCAUUAUUGGUUUUAUAAAAUAAUAUUCCUUUUGUAACUAUUAUCUACUUUGUGAAUCAAUGGUACGCAGGAGAUGAAAUUAAACCAAAGAUGGAAUGUGUUUCUUGUACUGUAUUUUGUCCUGUUUUGACAAUGUGAAGCUAAUUGAGCUGAGUAAAGCAAGGUGGCUGAAUGGAUUUGUUUUGAGCAACCUGGUCUCAGAGCAUUUUGUAAUAUUAUGUAUGUAAAUCUGAGACGCUCCAUGUAGUAUGAUAUGUUAAGUUUCGUAUGUUAUGUAUUAAAUUGUGGAUCUCCAUCA